AUGUCGCGCUACCGUGUACCCCCAGUUCUACGCCCUCGUCUCACCCCCAAAUACGUCGCUUCCUCCAUCGUUGCUAUUUACGUCGUUUAUUGUUGGCUGUGGGGAAUGCCUCUUUUGUCUUCGAACCUCCCUGCUUAUACAGGGCCUCAUUCGGUUGGUACAAUCGACAUCGAGAGCCCCUGCGAUGGCCGUAAGACGAGCGACGUCAAAUUCAAGUCCACAGGAGAGCCUGCGUUCUUACUCGAGACAGUGCUAUUCUCUGUAUACUAUCCGGCCGUGAAGAACGCAAAAUCAAAUAAACCCAAACACCUCUGGGUGCCUAAGCCGCUCGCAGUGACAGCAGAGGGCUAUGCCAAAUUCGCCCACAUCAGCAACUUUCUGACCAACAGUAUCUUCACAGUCGCACUUUGGGGUCUGGCAGGUAGCACUACUAUUCCGGCCAAGGUUGAUGUUCCUCUACGCGAGGUUGCGCCCAGCUUUGAAUUCACCGAACAUGGACAGGGUAAACCUGAGGCUGGCAACGAUGCGUUUCCGGUGAUUGUCUUCUCGCACGGCAUGGCGAGCUCUCGCACAGACUAUACGCACUUCUGUGGCGAGCUUGCAAGUCGAGGAUACGUUGUUGCAGCAAUCGAGCACAGAGACGGCAGUGGACCUGGAAGUAUGAUCAUGAACGUUGACGGUACUGAGAGGCCACUGUAUCACUUCGGCCUAGGCGAUCUGCAACACGACGAGAGCUUCGACACACCUGAACUCAAGCAAGCGCAACUGGACUUCCGUCAAGCAGAAAUUGAGGAGACCAUUCGUGUUUUGAAGGCCAUCAACGAUGGCAGCGGCGCAACUAUUUUCGAGAUGAACCCGCGCACGGAGGGCGAGCAUCUGGCCACUUGGGAAGGGAAACUCGACAUGACCAAUGUGACCAUAUCAGGUCAUAGUUAUGGCGCCACAGGCGCGUUACAGGCUUUGAAGGGCGCACCUUGUCCGGAACGUCCCUUCCACGGUGGCCUGAUCCUCGAUCCCGGCAAGUCAAGUGGCCCGCUGAAUCACGACAUCGAUGUGCCAAUCCUAGUCAUCCACUCUAACUCUUGGUCCAAGAAGCACUCCGUCUUCUUCGGUAGUCCUCACUUCGACGUUGUUAAGGAUCUCGUCGCGGAUGUCAACAAGCGUGGCAAGGCUGCCUGGUUCAUGACUUCGUUGGGCACAUCACAUCCAUCUGUCACGGACGCUCCUCUAAUCGAGCCAACAUUAUUGAGCUGGACUACUGGAUCGACUAUCAAUGUGUACGACGGUGUAGACGUCUACGUCAAUGUCACCGAGGAGUUCAUGAUCUACCAAAAGGCGCACAGGAGGACAGGACUGUUGGCCCUGGAGGUCACGCAUCCUGACUACGACAGCGCUGCCAAUGGCACGCAACAGAUGCCAGAAGCUUACCAGCGAUUCUGGCAAAUUCAUGUUGCACCUGACGCAGCGUAA